AGUGUAUAUUUUCCGUUUAAUUCUAAAAAUAUAUAUUUAUACUUCUCGAUGUGACAAAGUACAAGUUAACUAGUUUUCAGAUUUGAAAGGAAAUUCGGUCGACCAAAAUAAAAACAAAGACAAACGACUUCAUUUACCAAGAUGGCUGGCGCAUAUGAGAAAAAUCCUGGAGACCACAGACGCAAGUGGGAUAAGGAUGAAUAUGAACGUCUUGCACAGGAAAGAUUGGAAGAAGAGGAGAGAAAACAGCUUGAGAAAGAGCUCAGAGAACCUCAUCAAAAAAGGGAGCUCCUAAAACCAAGAGAAUAUAAGGUUGAUUUGGAUUCAAAACUUGGAAAGUCACAAGUCAUCACAAAAACAACUCCAGCUUCACAACAGGGAGGAUACUACUGCAAUGUCUGUGAUUGUGUCGUAAAAGACUCCAUUAACUUCUUAGAUCACAUCAAUGGCAAAAAACAUCAAAGAAAUUUGGGAAUGUCCAUGAAAAUCGAAAGAUCAUCUUUAGAUCAAGUUAAGAAGAGAUUUGAAAUCAACAAAAAGAAAAUGGAAGAGAAAAAGAAGGAGUAUGAUUUCGAAGAACGAUUAAAAGAGCUGAAAGAAGAGGAAGAAAAACAAAAGGCCUACAAAAAAGAAAAAAGGAAAGAAAGGAAACGCAAAGCUGAACCCGAUGAUUCCGAGGGUCCUUCAGAUAUGGCAGCUGUCAUGGGAUUUUCAGGAUUUGGGGGGUCUAAAAAGUGACGUUGUUCAAUGAAAGACUCCAAUAAAUAAAUUCAUUGACAUUUUGUUAUCAUUGUGUAAAUAUUUAAAAAAAAAAGUUUAUUCAUCACUUUAUCGUGGAUGUUUUGAUUGCAAUGGUCAUAAAAAAUAAACACCAUUAUUAAAAAGUGUGUAAAGUUGUGGGCAAGUUGAAAGCAUUUUGAAUCAUUAUAUUUCAAAAUGUUGUACAAAACUGAAUGUUGUAGCAUUUUACUAUGGAUAAGUUAGAAGUUAAGUAAGUUUAUAAAUAUGUGGUAUGAUAAAUUAUGCAAAUACAAAAUGUACCAAAUUUCAAUUUCAAAUAAUUUGUGUGUUCUUUAAAAUUCAUACAAUGUAUUAAGUGAUGUAAAUCUGCUCAACUUGAGUAGAGGAGUCCACCUAUAAAUGUACCAUACAUGGGUAAUGAACUAAAUACAAAGUAGCACCAACAAUUGAUAAAAUGUGAAUUUAUGGUAUUUAUAUAAAAUGUACAUUUGUACUUUGAUCCUGUUCAAAUUCAAACAUCACUUGAAAAACUGUUAGUACAUGCGUCUUACUUUAAUGUAAG